AUAUCCGUAUAGAACAUCCUGAGACGACCACUGUCAUAGAACCAGGAAGAAGGAAGGUGGGAUAGCUUAAAAAGGCUAAUAUCCCAAAAACGGAGAACUUUCCCUGAAAAUGAUGAGGUCGUCCAGGUGGAAGUGUGCGGCGCUGGUGUUACUCCCUGUUAUAAGUGUACUGUUGCCGGCUUGUGCGGAUGAACAUGAUCAUAUGUACGACGAUAAAGAGGAGGUGGUUCUAUGGAUGAACACAGUGGGGCCAUAUCACAACAGGCAGGAAACGUAUAAAUAUUUCUCCCUUCCUUUCUGCGUGGGCUCCAAAAAGACCAUCAGCCACUACCAUGAGACCCUGGGAGAAGCUCUGCAGGGAGUUGAACUGGAGUUCAGCGGCCUAGACAUUAAGUUUAAAGACGAAGUGAUGCAGACGACAUACUGUGAAAUUGAGCUGGACAAAGCUAAGAGAGACGCCUUUGUCUACGCCAUCAAGAACCACUACUGGUACCAAAUGUACAUUGACGACCUGCCUAUCUGGGGGAUUGUUGGUGAGGCAGAUGAGAACGGGGAAGACCAUUACCUCUGGACUUACAAGAAGCUGGAAAUUGGCUUCAACGGUAACAGAAUUGUAGACGUUAACUUGACCAGCGAGGGCAAAGUCAAGCUUGUGCCGAACACGAGAAUCGCCAUGUCUUACUCAGUAAAGUGGAAAAAGUCUGACGUGAAAUUUGAAGACCGUUUUGACAAAUACCUCGAUCCAUCCUUCUUUCAACACAGAAUUCACUGGUUCUCCAUAUUUAACUCCUUCAUGAUGGUGAUCUUCCUGGUGGGCUUGGUGUCUAUGAUCUUGAUGAGGACGCUGAGGAAAGACUAUGCCAGAUACAGCAAAGAGGAGGAAAUGGAUGAUAUGGACCGAGAUCUCGGGGACGAGUACGGCUGGAAGCAAGUCCAUGGUGAUGUGUUCAGACCUUCCAGUCACCCUCUGAUCUUCUCCUCCCUGAUUGGCUCUGGUUGCCAGAUCUUCUCCGUGUCCCUCAUUGUUAUCAUUGUGGCCAUGCUUGAGGAUUUGUACACUGAGAGAGGUUCGAUGCUGAGCACAGCUAUAUUUGUGUAUGCUGCCACUUCCCCAGUAAAUGGUUACUUUGGGGGAAGCCUGUAUGCCAAACAAGGGGGGAGGAGAUGGAUAAAGCAGAUGUUUAUUGGAGCGUUCCUGAUUCCUGCUAUGGUUUGUGGCACAGCUUUCUUUAUCAACUUCAUUGCUAUCUACUACCACGCCUCCAGAGCCAUCCCAUUUGGCACCAUGGUUGCAGUUUGCUGCAUCUGCUUUUUCGUCAUCCUGCCUCUAAAUUUGGUGGGUACGAUCCUGGGCCGGAAUCUCUCAGGACAGCCCAACUUUCCCUGCAGGGUCAACGCCGUGCCCAGGCCCAUCCCAGAGAAGAAAUGGUUCAUGGAACCUGCGGUCAUCGUGUGUCUGGGUGGCAUCCUGCCAUUCGGGUCUAUAUUCAUUGAGAUGUACUUUAUUUUCACCUCAUUUUGGGCCUACAAGAUUUAUUAUGUGUAUGGAUUCAUGAUGCUCGUGUUGGUAAUCUUGUGCAUCGUGACCGUGUGCGUGACCAUCGUUUGUACCUACUUCCUCCUCAAUGCUGAAGACUACAGAUGGCAGUGGACAAGCUUUCUUUCUGCUGCUUCCACAGCAGUUUAUGUUUACAUGUAUUCCUUUUACUACUAUUUCUUCAAAACAAAGAUGUAUGGUUUGUUUCAGACAUCAUUCUAUUUCGGCUACAUGGCGGUGUUCAGUACUGCUUUGGGUAUAAUGUGUGGAGCCAUUGGAUACAUGGGAACAAGUGCCUUUGUGAGAAAGAUCUACACAAACGUGAAGAUUGACUAGCGACUCAACAGCAUCCGUGUAAUCGGCUGACAUUUCCCAGCACUGGUGGACACGAGUCGUUUUUCCCUUUUUUUUUUUUUUUUUUUUUUUUUUUUUUGCAAGAAGAGAUUGUGAUCUUAUCUUGUAUAAAUCUAGUUUUCCAUUUUCUCAGCAAAUUCAAGGUUGCAAGGUUGUGUGCACACAGGCAUAUAAUGUAAGAUUAAAUAAAAGUGAGUUUUAUUUUUAUUUUUAAUUAACUGUUUCAUUUAUUUUUUCUGGAGCAAAUGUGUAGGUUUUUUUUUUUGUUUUUGUUUUGUUUUGUUUUUUUUAAAAAAGAGUCUUUGGUUGUUCUCCAAUAACUCUGUCCCACCCAGCAUGAGCGAACGUAGACCUUUAUCGAUGGAGUAGUCUAGCUCUCUUCAGUGAAGAGGCCAAAGUGUAUGGAGAGCCUUUGUUUGGUUGUAGGUGAAAAUUGGAGGGUUGCGAUAGUGUACCUGCUCCUACUGUCUGUUUUGCAUUGUUAAGUUGAGCGAUGUCGUCGUCGUCAUCUUUUAAAACACUUGUUUCCAAUCACCAAGAGCAUAGAUGGGAAAAAAAAUUGGUUAAUAGCUUUUCUGCCACCAGACUAAACAAACCACAGUUUUUCACUUGACACUACAUGGUUCAGAUUAUUAUACAAGAUAAAAAUGAGGCAUAAAUCACCCAGUUCUUGAUCCAGGUCUUAGAUUAAUGUAUGGUCCAAUCAUCUGCAGCAAGUGUGGAUGUUUUUAAAUUUGGUUGUUUUGAAGUGGUCUUGUGUUUUCCAGUUUAGUCUUACUUUUAAUGUUGGGAUUUAAAUGAAGUCUGAGUGUGAAGAUAAUAAAUGGAUGGGGUAAACCUGUAUAUAACCUUAAUAAUGUAACUGUAGAAGUAGAUUCCAAAAUGUAUUUUGGUUGUACAGAUUUAUUACACUAUUUUGUUUUUUUUAAAAAAAAGAGGUUCAGUUGAAUGAUUUUGUCUUUUCUCCUUUUUAUUUUGUGAGCUCGGGGUGGGUGGCAUUGUUACUUCUUGCCUGUUUAGUGCAUGACGUUUUCAUCUUGCUGCAUAAACCAGUUCUGUUUGUACCAGCUUUCUUUGACUUUUUCUUUGCUCUUUGAUUCCUGACACAUGCUCAAAAUAUGUUUUGUGUAACGGUUAAAAAAGAACUUUCUGGCUGCUUGUAGAGAAAAAUAACUAUCAUCAUAUAUGCGUUUUAGUUGUUUAUUUAUGAUUUAAAGCUUUAAAUGGCUCGCUAUGUCCAGAAGAGCAAAAUUCUCCCUCGUGCUAAAUUCCCCAUCCAUUACCACAGGCAGCAUUGUGAACGUUGGACACAUGCACGGUUUUUGCGAGCAUAUGUUAAAGGGUGACGUUAUUGUACUUUAUUUGAUUUUGAUGUUUUUCUAACUACAGGAAGUUCCGCAGGAGCACUCUGACGAAGCUCGUGUUUUUCGUUCUGCUGUAUACAGUAUGUAACAAAAGAUGUGAGACGUGGCAAAGCCUUUUUUUUUCUAAUCCCCUCAAGUGCCAGAUGAUCUCUGGCCCCUCAUGUCAUGAACCUUGUGAUGUCUAAAAAGACAUUUUAAACAUGCUAUACUUGUUGUAAAAAUAAAAAACAAAAUAAAAACUGUUUAUGUACAGAGGUUACAUAGACAUAGUUUGAAUUCAA